GGGACCGAGCAGGGCGACGCGGCGGCGGGCGAGCGCGAGGAGCUGCUGCUGCUGCAGAGCACGGCGGAGCAGCUGCGCCAGACGGCGCUGCAGCAGGAGGCGCGCAUCCGCGCCGACCAGGACACCAUCCGCGAGCUCACGGGCAAGCUGGGCCGCUGCGAGAGCGGCCUGCCGCGCGGCCUCCAGGACGCCGGGCCCCGCCGCGACACCAUGGCCGACGGCGCCUGGGACUCGCCCGCGCUUGUGCUGGAGCUGGAGGACGCGGUGCGCGCCCUGCGGGACCGCAUCGACCGCAUCGAGCAGGAACUCCCAGCCCGUGUGAACCUCUCAGCGGCCCCGGCUCCAGCGCCCGCAGUACCCACCGCCCUGCACUCCAAGAUGGACGAACUGGAGGGGCAGCUGCUGGCCAAGGUGCUGGCGCUGGAGAAGGAGCGCGUGGCCCUCAGUCAUAGCAGCCACCGGCAGCGCCAGGAGGUGGAGAAGGAGCUGGAUGCCCUGCAGGGCCGUGUAGCCGAGCUGGAACAUGGGUCCUCGGCCUACAGCCCCCCAGACGCCUUCAAGGUUGGCAUCCCCAUCCGAAACAACUACAUGUAUGCACGUGUGCGCAAGGCGAUGCCUGAGCUCUAUGCCUUCACUGCCUGCAUGUGGCUGCGGUCCAGAUCGGGUGGCACGGGCCAGGGCACCCCCUUCUCCUACUCGGUGCCGGGGCAGGCCAAUGAGAUCGUGCUGCUGGAGGCAGGUCAUGAGCCCAUGGAGCUGCUGAUCAACGACAAGGUGGCCCAGCUGCCCAUGAGCCUGAAAGACAACAGCUGGCACCACAUCUGCAUCACCUGGACCACAAGGGACGGCCUGUGGUCUGCCUACCAGGACGGGGAGCUGCGGGGUUCUGGGGAGAAUCUGGCAGCCUGGCACCCCAUCAAGCCUCAUGGGAUCCUUAUUCUGGGCCAGGAGCAGGAUACCCUGGGAGGCCGAUUUGAUGCCACUCAGGCCUUUGUUGGUGACAUCGCGCAGUUUAACCUGUGGGACCAUGCACUGACACCUGCCCAGAUCCUGGGCAUUGCCAACUGUACUGCGCCGCUGCUGGGCAACGUCCUCCCCUGGGAAGACAAGCUGGUGGAGACCUUCGGGGGUGCCACAAAGGCCACCUUUGAUGUCUGCAAGGGGCGGGCCAAGGCAUGAGGGCCACCUUGUCCAGGGCCCCUCCCAUGCCUGCCACUUUGGGGACCUUAAGGGGGCUGUUUCCCCCGCAGUCUGUCCACCUACUGUCCUUCCCUCCUGCCCACUCCUGCCCAUGCCUCUCCUUUACCCUCGCCUGUAACCACUCCUCCAGAAUCCCCUGCCCUGCAGUAGGUGUCCUCUCGGUCACCUGGGUGGCGACAAGCAUCUCAAGUCCACAGGUGGAGCCUGGGCUGAGUCCUGGCUCUGGCCCUCCUGGUACUACGCAGGAGUGGUCUCCUCCCCACCCUACCCUGCCCUGUCCAUCACCCUGAUUCCACUGAUCCCAACAGCACCCCCAUGGGGUUGUUGCAGGAUGGCUCCCGUGCUGCAGGCCUGCCCUGUCCCCUCCAGGGCCACAGCAGGCUGUAGAAGGGGAUGACAGAGACUUGGGAGAUCAGGCCCUCCCUCCUCCACUUUCCCACCAGCUGCCCAUCAGGGAGCGCCCCCCCAGCCCCUUCCUCAUUGCUUGUGUACGGUGGUUUGAAUGUGGGUUCCAUGCCCGGUACAGUGCCCUCUCAGUUUCCAGGACACUCCCUUCCCAGCUCCAGCCUGGAGGGCCUGAGGGACUAAGACCCCCCGAAGCCAAAGGGCUGUAGCAAGCCCUGAGUGCCCCGGAAGCUGUGUCCACUGCCACAGUCAUCCCUCCUGCUCCAUGCCCAGGACAGGUCCGGGACCCAUGCAGCCUGAGCUAGGAGAAGCUUCAGGCAGACACAGCAGCACAGGUGGCACCACUGCUGGUGGAGCCACAUUACCAAGCCAUGUGGCCUCCUGUGAGUGCCUGCCCUCCCAGGCCUCGCUGUCCUCCUGUGCCAGUCAUUUGCAAAGCCAGUGUAAGAUGACCCACAAUCCUAGACAAACGGGCAAUCCUAGAGACCCAGGGACUGCAGGGAUGGGUUCUGGGGCUGGGCAGCAGAGGGGCUGAGGCUGGGUAUGGGUUAGGCCAGCAGCUUCUCCAAGGUCAGUGUCAAGGGCAAGGGUUCAGGUCAAGCAGGCUCACACGUGGUCUAAAAACAUCAGUCCUCUCUGGGUCUCCCCUCCCCCACCUGGCAUCCAGCCUGACUGGGAUUUUGUCUCCAAGGGUAGCUUGGCUCUCUGGUUCCUAUCCUUGAGUCUGUCAUUACCAGCUCUCCCACAAGAGAAGAAUAUCAGAGCUGAGAAAAACCACUCUGAUCUCUUGCUUUAUGGCAGAUGGAGAAGAACUCAGAGAGGGCAAGAUACUUGCACAGACUCACACAGCAAAAGGGCCAGAACUACAACCCAGAACUUCAGUGUUCUUCCCUC